UUUCCUGUGACAUCCGGAGCUUCUAGUGAAAGAGUUGUGAUCUAGUAGGAGUAUACCUGUUGCUAUGGCAAUGAAGGCACAACAGAGGAGAGGUAAAUAGGACCAGAGAAGCAGGAAGAGCAGUCUGGGAGACGUGGGAGAGUGCCGGCACAUUCUGUUCUGUUACAAUAUGCAGCAGGACAAGGAGAACACAGAGGGAGACUAUCUUUUUGAGGAUAUGGCAGAUCAUGCAUCUGAUGGGAUGGCACCAACCAGUCCCAAUCACCAAGAGGCCUUACAUCUUACAGUGGAAAACGUUACAAAACUGGAGCUUGAGUAUCAAUCUGUAGAAGGAUUUCUCUCUCAAAGAGAUGAUGCGGAAAAGUACAUCAUGGUGUCACAGUGGUUGUCUCAGGAUAGGGAAAAAAGCACAGCGGCAGCAUUAUCACCAGAAGCAAUUCCUGUACAUUCAGUUGAAAACCAAAAGUCAAAUGUGCAGAUGAGAGUACAAAUGGAAAUAAUACCCCAUAUGGAAGAGUAUAAGAGCAAAGCACAAGACAGUAAAAUCAACGUGUCAACAAAUUAUUCAGCAGUAAAGAAGGAAAGAAUCGACAGAUCUGCAGCUGAUGUGAAAGAAUAUGCUGUGCACAAGAAAAGAUUAAUGGCUAAAAGUGUUAAGACACAAACAGAUUGGAGCUGGCAUACAAUGCCCUCACUGAGCUUUAGUAAGAAUGAAAGCUCUGAAACUGAAGAUAAUGAUGCAGUUAUAACAGCAAAGGAGACAAGACAAUCUGUUUCUGAAAACACAUCUGAAAUAAAGUCUCUGGAUUCAGAAUGUGAGGGGCAACUUGGAGAAUCAGAGCUUCCACUAGAUGAUAAAGAGGAUAUACUAAAGGAAAGCGAAGACCAAGCAUUGUGUGCAUUCUGUCACAAAGCAGAAAAAGCGUUACCAGGAGUUGAACAACUGGCUUCUGAACCUGUGGACACGCUCUUUUGCUGCCCGAAGUUCCAAGAAUUAUUUCAGCAUCUUAUCUCAGAAAUCAUUGAGUCACAAAGUUCAGAGGAAACAGAUGAAGCUGCAAACAUGAAUUUAUUUACUUCCAUUAAGGCUGACGAAAAGGCAGCACAGAAACUGAGGGAAAAGUUGCAAAAUGAAGAUCUGGAGGACUACAUAUCUUCAGUCGCAAGACACCUGAGCCAAUUUGGAUCUCUUUUUGCGACGGAGACAAUUUCUUUUACACUGACAUCAGAAGACAAUGACAUCUUAAAAUACAUCCAAACAGAUGAUCAAUAUUCCUAUUCCCCUGAUGACUUUGAUGCCAAAAUUGCAUUCACUUCUAUUCCUAUGGUGUGCAAUGAUCGUUAUAAGAAAUGUUGUGAAAUUGCCUCAAACCUCGACUUAACUGCUGAGAAAUGUAUUAUUCAGUUCCCAGAUGGAACAGGACAGAUCUUCUAUCCAUCUGGAAAUACGGGUAUCCUGAUGACAAGCUGCAGCCCUGCCCAAUACACGUUUAUCAUCUUGGAAGAUGCUCAGCCAAAACCACAGAUACAAGCAGUUUUCACAAGCAAUGGCCAUGCAGUCUGCUACCAUCAGAAUGGCGUUAUUUGGACACUUCUGGAUCCCUUUGGUGGUUCCUACUUUAAUGAGAAUGGAACACGACAGAAAGACUGGAGCUGGUGGGACUUUAGCCGUCAUGUCCAUGCCCCUCCAUUUCAACCAAUCACCAUGAGUCUAAAUGCCAACAUAGAGAUCAGAGUUAUAAAUCAAGAGAACAUUUACCUGACAUUCUCUAGUAAGGACAAGAGAGUGACUUUUAAUGUGGGAUCAAAGCUAAUGGUAAAGGAUGAGCAGAAAAUAAUUCUACGGAAGCAGAAGAUCAGGGAGGAAGAGAAGUGCCUUUAUUUAAUAAGGCAGAAGAUCUAUAGGCUCCUGAGGAACAUCAGUACCUUAGUAAGGCACUUGGCUAAUCACUGUGGAAGAAAAGAUUUCCAAGACUUUAUCACACAACUACAUAAAACAUUUAGAUACACUAGAAAACUUACUGGCAGCAAUAAAAAUGAACAAGGAAUUCCUCAGAAAGGUUCAAAGAAGUGUCAUCAGGGGAAUAAAUAGACACCAUCAGUCUGGUAGCGAGAAGAAAACGCAAACAUCCCGAGGCUCAUUUGGGUGGGGCUGCAUUGUGCUGGGGGCUGGGUUUUGGUGCAGAAUGUUACUGGCUCAACAACAUGAUAUUACAUUUUCCCCAGCAUUUUUCAGGCCUUUUUUUCUGUCCCAAGGGCAAGGGGGGCUUCAGAAGUAGGGUUUCCCCCGGCCGCUACUUUACCAGUCUGGCCAGUAAAAAUAAUGCUUGAUGGUAAUGUUAUUACUAGGGUAGAAAGGUAAAAGUAUAGGAAGGCUGGUAUUUUUUUCCAGAAAAGUUGGCAACCCUAUUCGGAAGAUGAUGAAUCCCUACCAGCAGGUUAGCUGUGUUGUCAGUGGGAUGUUAGUUGUUAUUCUAAAACACCUGGAAAAUUGAAGGUUUUCAAUAAAUUUUUUACAAAAUGAA